AUAUUAUUUAACAUAACCCUACAAAUCAUUCAUCUGCCAAAGUUCAUAUCAUACGGAUUUAGGAAUCCGUUCAUCGUUCAUUGUCUCUAAAUUAUCAGUACAAUGAUGUAGAAUUCAGAAAAUGUUCAUUGUUCAACUUCAUAAAUCCUACCAUCUGUGCAGAGCUUCCAAAAUACUCAUCAACAGCUCUGCCAAUUUGUUCUCACAGUCUACUAGCAAAGAAUAUCAAGCUAGAAAAUUAGUAGGAUUUUCAGAAGCUCAAAUGUAUUCUGUAGUCUCAGAUGUAAAAAACUAUCAAUCAUUUGUUCCAUUCUGCACCAAAUCAAAAAUACUCAAAAAGUAUGAAAACAAUCUGCAUGCCACAUUAGAAAUAGGCUUUCCACCAAUAAUUGAGAGCUACACAUCUCAUGUAAAGUUGAUAAAACCACAAUUUGUCAGUGCAAAGUGCAGAGAUGGAACACUGUUCAAUUAUCUAGAAACUACAUGGAAGUUUUCACCAGGCCUUGAGAGUAAUACCCAAACUUGCAUUGUGGAUUUCUACAUUAGGUUUGACUUUAAAUCAGUGAUUUAUUCUCAAGUUGCACAAAUGUUUUUUGAGAAGUUGGUGCAGCAGAUGGAAUGGGCAUUCAUUUCUGAGGCUAAACGACGUUUUGGAACUGAAAGUGUACCUAGUUAUAGCUUAACAGCUCCGCCACAUAGAGCUAGUUGACAUUAGACCAAUAAAUAUGAAAUUUUAGUUAAUUAUAUAUGCAAAAGAAACGACAAUGAGGUAAAGAUUAAUUUUUAUUGAUAUUGGUUUAAGAACAGAAUAAAUCUCAUAGAAAAAUAUUGUAUUGCUUUCUUUAACUUGUUUAUCAGAGAUUUUAAUUGUAUAUAAAUGUACAUAUUAAUAUGUGAUAUGUAUUAAAUAAAGUUAUUUUGGUUGUUGUAAA